UUCAAUUCCUAGAUGACUGUUAAAAAAUAUGAUAUUCGACUUUCUGAAAAAAGGAAUCAAAUUAGGAAAAGAUUUGCUUCGCAUAGAAAAUUAGACGAUAAAUUUUCAAAAGAAUGUACAGAAAGUAAAAACGAUGAAGAAAAGAGCGAACGAAAUCUGAAAUAUUUCGAAUUGUAUCGUUUUUCUACCACUGGCGAAAAACUUCUAAUUUUGUUUGCCCUAUUUAUGGCCACAGUGUCUUCCCUUGGAAUACCUUAUUCUCUGGUGUACAGUGGCGAAUUUCAUACGUUACUAGUUGAACGAAGUACCUGCAAUGGAACGUCUACAGAGACGUCUAUAUUAAAAUUAUUUGGCGGAGGAAAAGUAUUGACUAAUGCAACUAAGGAAGAAAAUACGUCGGCGUUAAAAGAUGAUUCUUUAGCAUUUGGCAUAGCGAGUCUUGUUGGUGCAAUUGUGGAAUGGAUUCUAUUAGCAGCUUCAGUUGAUAUUUUCAAUCGGAUUGCUGUGAAACAAAUCAAUCGGAUAAGGAAACAAUUUUUAGCCUCCCUUCUGCGUCAAGAUAUGUCUUGGUAUGACACAGCUUCUGACAAUAAUUUUACCAGCAAAAUGACAGAAGAGCUUUCCAAGUUGAAAGAAGGAAUUGGUGAAAAAGUCGCAAUAUUCACGAACCUCGCGAUGAGUUUUGUCAGUACCAUGAUUUUGUCCUUCUUCUUUGGAUGGAUUGUCACUAUUAUUAUCAUGAUAUGUUGUCCAAUUAUUAUCAUUUCGACAAUUUUAGUUGACAAAAUUCAGAGUUCCCUCACCGAGAAAGAAUUGAAGAGCUGUUGUGUUGCCAGUUCUGUUGCUGAAGAGGUUAUUGGAGGAAUUCGAACGGUUCAUGCGUUUAGUGGAGAACGUAAGGAAACUGAACGUUAUAACAGACUUUUGGUCUCGGCAGCCAAAGUUGGGCGUCGGAAGGGUCUGUACUGUGGAAUUUGCGCUGGAACAAUGUGGAUUAUAAUUUACUCCUGUUUCGCUAUGGCCUUCUUCUAUACAGCUAAGUUGGCUGUUUCCGAUGGGACAAAUGGCCUUCCCGUGGUUGUGGUUACAGUGCUGAUGGGAAUUAUUUUGGAGGCUCAAAGUGUGGGGUUGGCGAUGCCUUACUUAGAAUCAUUUGGAGCUGCUAAAAGUGCUGCCAAAUCGAUAUUUUCAAUAAUCGAUCGUAAGACUGACAUUGAUCCUUGCAGCGAAGACGGUUUGAAACCCGUAGAGCUGAGGGGUCACAUUCAAUAUUCCAAUAUUUAUUUCAAAUAUCCAUCCCGUCCCAAGGUGAAAGUCUUAAAAGGACUUAGCUUAUCGAUUAAAGCAGGUCAAACUGUGGCUCUUGUUGGGCCCUCGGGUUGUGGAAAGACAACAUGCCUGCAACUUCUUCAAAGGUUCUACGAUCCAGAGCAAGGGCGUGUUGAAUUAGAUGGAUUGGAUGUCAGAAAGCUAAACGUUGGGUGGUUGAGGUCUCAGAUAGCGGUUGUAGGACAAGAACCCGUUUUGUUUUCCACUACAAUAGAGGAAAAUAUUCGUUUCGGAAACCCGUCAAUAACACAGGAGGAAAUUGAAGAGGCUUGUAAGUUGGCUUAUUGCCAUGAUUUCAUAUGUCAACUUCCCGAUGGUUAUAAGACAAUGGUUGGAGAAAUGGGAUCAAAAAUGUCAGGAGGUCAAAAACAGAGAAUAGCCAUCGCCAGAGCUUUGGUGAAGAACCCGAAAAUUCUACUUCUCGAUGAAGCGACUUCGGCUCUGGAUCAGAACAAUGAAAAAUUAGUGCAAGAGGCCCUAGAAGCAGCUCGUAAAGGCCGAACAACAAUUAUGGUAGCCCAUAGGCUAUCGACGGUAAGAGAUGCAGAUGUGAUUGUUUUUAUCAAGGAUGGAAAUGUGAUGGAGCAAGGAAAUCACGACAAAUUGAUGGCUCUUAAGGGCUAUUAUUAUGGAAUGAUGAGUGCUUCUGAGCGAAACGUAGAAACCAGUAAGCCACGACUAGAGAAGUUGUCAUCUGCUAAGGAGAAGCAAGAUAUUGAUGUUGUGGAGAAAGAUCCGGGUCUUGAAGAAUCAUUAGAUGAGACUGAUGAGGGAAAGCACAGCUUUAGAAAGUUUAUCCGCCUUAAUGCCCCAGAAUGGAAAUAUCUUUUACUUGGUAGUGUGGCUGGUAUACUCCAGGGGGCAUUGAAAGUAAUUUUUAUGAUUUAUUUUGGAGAAUUUAUUGGAUUUAUGUCGGAAAUAAAUAACGACUUCGAAAAGAAAGCCAAUAUGAUUGUCAUUGUAUCGGCGGGAAUUGGAAUUCUAUCAGGUUUGGCAAAUUUUAUUCAGACUUAUACACUAAACGCUGCUGGAACAAAUCUCACAUCAAGACUGCGGCAGAAGGCCUUCAAGUCGAUAAUCUCACAGGACAUAGGCUACUUUGAUGACCAAAAGAACUCUGUGGGGGCUCUGUGUUCCCGUUUGAGUGGUGAUUGUUCCAAUGUUCAAGGUGCGACAGGAUCCCGGCUUGGCAUUGUGAUACAAUCAGUUUCAACACUCAUAAUUGCUAUUGGAGUAUCACUGAUGCUGUCAUGGAAUCUGACCUUAGUUACCCUUGUUAUGUUACCCUUCGGACUUGGAUCGAUCAUGCUUGAAUCGAACUACACAGAGGAUAGUUCUGAAGAGGAGCGACUAGCUACAGAAAAAGCUGCUCAACUUGCUGUCGAAUCUGUUUCGAAUAUACGAACUAUCAACAGUCUGGGGCAGGAGAAAUACGCUUUAGAACGAUAUUCCAAGCAGAUAGAUUUGGCAGACGAAGCGUCAAAGGAAAAAACCCGUUUUCGAGGAAUUGUGUUUGGCUUUGGGGAUGCUUCGCAUGCUAUUGUAUUCGGGAUAUCAUUGUUCUAUGGAGGUUUGUUAGUUGCAAAUGGCCAAAUGGAGUUCAAAAACAUAAUUAUAAUUUCUGAGGCUUUACAAUUGGGAACGUGGUUAUUGGGGCAGGCAUGUGCCUAUGCGCCGAAUUUCAGUGAUGCAUCUCUGUCUAUGAGACGACUUCUAGCACUCUUCGACAGAAGUCCAGUAAGGUUAAGCUGUCCGAAACAACGGAACAUCGGAAGUUGUCUCAACAAAUUCGACAUCAACUACACGAAUGUUGGAUUUCAUUACCCAUCUCGGAAGAACAAUCCCAUUCUGCAGGGAUUCAAUCUUCGAAUUCCCAACGGCUCGACAGUUGCAUUGGUUGGCACUUCGGGUUGUGGAAAAUCAACAUGCAUUCAACUCCUCCUGCGCUACUAUGAUCCAACUUCAGGAGUCCUGACAUUAAAUGAGACUCCCACUUACGCUUACCAACUUGAAACACUUCGAUCCCAGAUGGCCCUGGUAUCCCAGGAGCCAGUGCUCUUCGACCGGACGAUAGCUGAAAAUAUCGCUUAUGGUGAUAAUUCCCGUGAAACCAUUCCAAUGAGCGAAAUCAUUGAGUCAGCAAAGAAGUCAAAUAUCCAUGAUUUCAUUGCAAAUCUACCACAGGGCUAUGACACACCCAUGAGCAGUAAGGGAUCACAGCUUUCGUGUGGACAAAAACAACGAAUAGCGAUAGCAAGGGCGUUUAUUCGAAAUCCUAAAAUUCUGAUACUGGACGAAGCGACUUCGGCAUUGGAUAUGCAAAGUGAAAAACUUGUUCAGGAGGCACUAGAAAGUGCCAGCAGUGGGCGAACUUGUGUUAUGAUUGCCCAAAGAUUAUCGACAAUCAGAAAUGCAGAUAUUAUUUGUGUUCUGGAAAAUGGACACAUCACCGAACAAGGGACACAUGAUGAAUUGAUGCAACUAAAUGGGUUCUAUGCAGAGCUAUUAAGUAUGCAACAAUGAGGAAGUUUCAUGAUAUUGAUAAAUAUUGUAGAUAGUUAAGUUUUGUUAAUUUCUUUUAAGAUAUUAGUAAAAUACAUUAAGUUUGUAAGAUUUACUUGAUUAAGUUUUCAUUUGGUCUGUGAUGGCCUAGUGUUUUGUCACGAAAUGCCAAAAUUUACAGUGACAUACCAAUAUUAGCAUUUUUGAUCAAAUAUACUUUUUGCAAAGUAAUAAGAAAACAUAGAAAACAUAGAACACUAAAUCCAUAGAGUAAAUGCUAAAGACGAAAGAAAUUCAUUACAUAAGAUGGAAAGUUCAUAUUGAGUAAAGAAAAUAUCAAUUAAAACAUAGAAAACAUAGAACGAAAAUUUCUAAAAUGACACAAUUCUUCUUCUAUUGUAAACCUUUUUUCAAGGCAUUCUUCGUUUAAAUGUUAUCUUGGAUAAAACAUAAGGAACGCAAAAAAUCAAAAUUGAAAUUGUCAGGUAAUUCACAAUAAAUGAUCAAACUAUAAACUCUUAAAUAUUUAACGUCUAAGGCAAUUUAAAA